UGGGGCUCGUUCUGCAAGAUUUAAUCUCUGAACUAGAAAUCAACCACUGACCACAAUGUCCAGAUCAUUGUGGCUGCUCCUGUCUCUCUGUGGCCUCACAGCUGCUGAGUAUGUGUGCUACAGAGAUGACACCUGCUCAGUGGAGGAUCCUAGACCAGUGUUUAGCCUGGCUGACAGUCUGGAGCAGUGCUGCAGCAUGCCCAACAUUGCUGGAGGAAGACCUCAUGAGUUAACCAACUGCACUUCUUGUGGUCCCGUCCUUGCAAGAGCAGUGGGUCCAGUCAACGUGAUACUCACACCUCCCCACACACUGGUACUGGAGGUGGAGGCCAGAGCCUUUGCAGCCAUCACAUGGCUUAUCAAUGGUACUGCUAUGCAUGCCUUUCCCCGACUCUCUCUAGAGAUGUUCUCCAAGCGUCUGUUGUUAGUCAACACUACCUCAGAGGAUGGUGGUGUCUAUGAGGCUGAUGUCUACCCCAUUGGAGGAGGUCCACCAUUGGUGGUCCAGUUUACUGUACUCCUUCCCCCCACUCCUACAGUGACUGCAUGGCCUCCGAUCAUAGAGCUAAACACUUACCAACCUGACACUACCAUCACUUUCAUGUGUGAAGGAACACAGAUGCUAACCUGGACCAACAGUUUGAUUCCAGGCUUGCUGAAUGAUUACUGUGAGAGUGAUCCAGUGGAUGGAGAGGCCCCCCUGGAAACCACCACGCUCCAGCCUAGUACCACUGACAUGUUGGGAGAGGCCCCACUCUUCACCCAGUCACCUCCUAGCUCUGGUAGGAGGAGGAGAAGGAACUUCAACACACUCCCCUCCACUCAUUGCAGUGUGUUCAGCUCAGAGCCAGUCAACGGCACUCUGCUCUCCAUGCUCGUCAUCAAUGGAGAGCUGUUAGAACAAUCACUAUAUUUCACUUGUCAUGGGAAUGAAAGUGGUAGCUCUUCAGUUCAACUACUAGUUACAAAUGAGCCAUACUUCACUACAAGGCCACGAUCUCUUUGUCCCAUUGUAUCUCAGGACCUGGUGUUAGUGUGUGGGGCUAGAGCAGACUCUCCUCCCACUCUCCUCUGGUUAAGGAGGGUGGGAAAUGAGACCACACCCAUAUCUCCCUCCCUACGCCUCAACGUAACUAUGGAUACUGUGAGUACCACGGCAACAGAGUCGACGCUGAGAGUGGAGGGUGUGGCUACGACAGAUGGUGGGGAGUAUAUCUGUCAAGUCAGCAGUAAUGGUUCUACCAGUGAGACAGCAACACUGGUGACUGUGAGAGUGCCUGCCAACAUCUCAGAGGGUCCAGUAGACACAGAGUUCCCUGUGGGGUCAGUAGCUUGGUUAGUGUGUUAUGCGACUGGUGUACCCCUCCCUCUGCUCACUUGGUCUCUUGUGAAGGAGAAUGGAUCUCAGCAACUCCUAGAUGAUCUCUCACUCACCAACAAAUACACCAUCACGACUAUACAGGACACAGAGGGCAACGUUGCCAGUAGCAACCUGACCUUCCCACACUUUCAGCCCUCUGAUAUUGGCCGAUAUGCUUGCAACGCUAUGAAUGGAGUUACCCUCCCCCAAGGGUACACUCAAUACCAGCAAGCUUACCUUGACUUACAACCAGUUGAGUGCAGCGCUGAUGAGGUGCUGUGCUCUAGUCGUGUUGAGUGUGUACUCUUCACUCUGACCUGUGACCUUACAGCGGACUGCUCUGAUGGCAGUGAUGAAGACUGCACUACAUUUGCAGCGUCCAUCAUAAGAGCACCAGAGGAUACCAUGGUUACAGCAUAUAGUAACACCUCACUCAACUGUCAGAGCUUUGGUGAGGGUACUAACAUCACGUGGUCCUUCAAUGGUCGUCCCCUUGUGUUGAAUGAGAUGACACUGAUACAAGAGAGCUAUGAUCCUGAUACUAGCAUCACCAGCAGCUACCUCACAUUAAUCAGUCCUUCUCUGGAGGAGGCUGGUGUCUAUCACUGCACUGUCAGCAAUGGUGUCCCUAUCACUAGCCCAAGAACACUCCAUACUGCCAACGCUUCCCUCCUGAUUCUGCCCAUUGCCCCCAGUAUUGAGAUCAGGCCGGCCACCGAGGCUCCAGUAGUUGAGAGGGACACACUUUAUCUUGAGUGCCAUGCUAGAGCUAGUCCAUCCCCGCUCAUUAGCUGGCUCAGGAAUGGCCGCCCACUCACACUCUCCACAUCGCUGGAUUACAAGGUCAGGAUAUGGUACACAACACUGACGAGUGGGCGGGCACUCAGUGUGCUGACUGUGCAACAAUUGGUGCCUGGCAACGAUGACGGGAACUAUACGUGUCGUCUUGACAACACAGUUGACCCGGCAACCAAUAUCUCGCUGACUGCUAGUGUGAGUGUGAGUAUUUCCAUCAAUGACAACUGUCCAGCAAUGUUUUGUCUCAAUGAUGGGACCUGCCUGGAUCUGGUGAAUGGGUUCGUGUGUUUGUGUGUGCCUGCCUUUGAAGGUACUGACUGCAGUAUACCUGUGGAAGAUGUGGUGAGUCCUGAGAUAGUACAGUCUCCUCGAGGCAGUCGUGUGGAGAUACUGAGUUCAGUGGACUUGUUCUGUGAUGCUGAAGGAUCUCCCCAGCCCACCUUCUCUUGGCAACAGGAUGGAGUGUCUGUGGGGGGUACUGGACCACUGGGGGUAUUGAGACUGACUGAAGUGAGACCAGAGGACAGAGGAUUCUACACUUGCACAGCACACAACAUUCAUGGGACCAGUCGAGAGUCCGCUGCUGGUCUCAUCACAAUCAGAGGUGUCUACCAGUACCUGAUGAAUGUGUCUGACUGUAGCACAGAUAGUCUGGAUGACACCAUUGCGCUGAUGACCAUCUCUCUAGUGGGCAAAGCUCUCACUCUCAUCAACAACGCCACCCUCUACUCUGUCACUGCACGCCCUCUUCUGAUUGGACCACCUCCAUCCAACCAAGUCCUGGUUACGAUAGUGACAGGUAGCAACUACGAGCCGAUUGGUCGGACCACCGCUGACCUACAGACAGCACUCCUCCAUGAGCUGUCUAGUAUCACUAUCUCUCAUGCCUGCAACUUCACACACAUCAUCAGAUAUGAUGGUUGCCCAGUGGAUAGGUACAGCUUCAGUAGUACCGGGGUAUUGUGGGCGGAGUCAGACAUAAACCCCACCCCCAUUGUCCAGCAGUGUCCGUGUGGUACUCUCAACACAACUAUAGAAGAGGAGCGUAUGUUGAGUCGUGUGUGUGGGGGCACGUUCAGACUGGGGGGAGAGUGGGCGGAGGUGGAGGAUAUAUGUGGAUACUCACACAUCACACACGGACUCUGUGACAUCACCAAUUUUCAAGUGGUGGAGCAGUUUAGUAAAGUGGAGACUGCUACACAAGAGAUAGCAUUGUUUGAUGCGUUUGACUUGUCUAUAGCAUCUGUGAUCCUGACCCUCCUGGCCAGCUCAUCUCAGGCAAUCAACAGCAGAGCACACCAGGAGAGCUUUGCUCAGACUUACAGCAAUAUUUUGCUAGCCAACAAAGAUGAGAUCACUAAGAGCCAGCAAAUAUUCAAGUCUACUUCUGAGUUGUUGGAGAGUCUGGAGGUGUUUGUGUUAGGACUGGCUGUGGAGAAUGGAUCAAUGACCUCUCUCAACACAGAGCUGGUUCAGAUACAAGUGGAGGCUGUAGGAGGUAGUGGUGGGGGGUCUUACACACCUCAGCUUAAUAUCAGUGACAUCCUUGUGGGGGGUAACAUCACCCUACCCCCUGCAUUGCUCUCGGAGGGACUACGCGUGGCUAAUUUGGUACUACUGAGAGACACACUGUUUGUAUAUGAUGAGGCUAGUCUGAAUGAACUGACUCUGGGAAACUUGUUUAUUUCUGCCGCACUUCUCGAGAGAGUGGAAGAUCUGAGUCAGCCUGUCAUUAUAGAAUUCUACCAGUCAGAGAUGCCUGGCAACGAGACUACCAAUGCUACAUGUUUGUUCUGGGACCUCACAGCUAAAGACGGAGCUGGUGAUUGGUCCAGUGAUGGCUGUAGACUAGUAGACAUACAAGAGGAGAGAGUGACAUGUGAAUGUAACCACCUCACUCACUUUGGAGUACUGCUGGCUAUUAGUCCAGUCACAGUACCCAACCUUCCCCUGGAGAUCAUCUCUUAUAUUGGUAUAGGCCUCUCCCUGGUGUGUAUUGCAGUGAUCCUCAUCACCUACCUCUGUUCUAGGAAAUUACGGAAGAAUGUGACAGGAAAGCUGGUCAUGAACAUGUGUAUACCAUUGGGGCUGUUCUAUGUGUGGUUUCUGGUGGCCAUUCACGGCCGCUACUACACUUCAUUUGAAUGGUUCUGUUUCGUGACCUCGUCUCUAGUGCAGUACUUCCUGCUAGUGUAUCUGUCCUGGACCACGGUGGAGGCACUGCACAUAUACCUCCAGCUUGUCAAGGUGUUUGGUAGUGAUAUACCACACUACAUGCUCAAGUCUGCCCUGUUUGCUUGGGGUGUUCCAGCUAUCAUCACUGCACUCUGCACUGCACUAGGCAUACACUACAGCCUCUGGGCCAUCUAUGAUGAGAACACACUCUUCAUAUGUUAUCCCAGUAGCUGGCCGCUCUACUUUGGAGUCAUUGCUCCAUUUGCUCUCACCUUUCUCUUCAAUAUCACCUUGUUCCUUGUUGUCAUGGUUUCCCUUAUAAAACGCUUUUAUCGGAAAAGAAAGAUGAACUAUUCGGAACCCAAUCAAAUGAAGGAGCUACGGAAUCUCAUUGUGAUUGGUACAAGUCUCUCUGUGUUGUUUGGGUUGGGUUGGGUGUUUGGUUUGCUGGCUCAGAUCCCACAACCUCUCCUCUCAUCUAUUGCUCAGUACAUCUUUAGUGUGUGUGUUGGGUUUCAAGGAACGCUCAUAUUUGUCCUGCAUGGCCUAAGAUCUGCUGAUGUUCGUCGUGUGUGGAAACAAUGCUUCUACAAGAUCAUAUGCUGUGUACCCACUCCGCCAGGUCUCCUCACUAACUACACUAGCUCACAACUUCCCUCCCCAUUGAGGAAGACUGCACCCAUAACAGUGGUUAGCCAGCCUACUCCUCCUGAAAUCUCACUGGGGGCUAGUAGACACUCUGAGAACCCAGUCUACCAGUCCACCGAGACACUGGAAACCACACCCUACCACCGUGCUACCCACGCACUGGACACACUCGACAUGGCCCACCUUGCUACACAUGACAAGAUGGCACUAUUACAAGAGCAAGAGAGCGAGUGGCAGUCGCUAGAGGUCAACUUUGUUGGAGAAGGUGAUUCGAGCAACGAUGAUGAGCCGUAUUUCAGAGACCUCAAUCAAGUUCCCUUCAGUGAAGGACAACUAGGCACUGCCAUUGCAGGAGGAGACCAAGAGACUACUACACUAUAGACACAUCUAGCCUAUUAGAGUUAUCCCCUACCCCCACCCCUUUGUAGUUUGACUCAUUUUACAUGUUAUUACAGAAAUGUUA